CGACUCUGUCAGAGGAGUUCUAGUGCUAAGAAUGGAAGGCAGGUACAUCGCAAUGUAGUUGUGAAGCCAAGAAGGACAGACAGACACCUGUUGGAAAUUGACACACCUCUUCCCACAUACCGGCACCAGAUUGAGGUGACAGCCUAUGCCACUCUCCUCCGCUCUACACAUUAUCAGCUCUAGUGACUUGUGAAGGAAUUCACCAAAUUCUCCUGCUAUGCCACAAGAGACGGUGUUGCAUGAAGUUUGAAACUUCUCUGCAUACCACACAGGUUCACAGCAUUUGUACUUUCCUAACAUGCAUACAA